AUGAGCCUGAGCAUCUGGGCUGAGGAGCUGACGGACGCCCGCUGGACAGAGGUCCUGCCGCAGAUCCAGCAGCACGAGGUGGUCAGGCUGGAGUACUGCAGUCUUACCGAAGACCAAUGCAAGGACAUCAGAUCGGCCCUGCAGGCCAACUCUUCCCUGACGGAGCUGAGCCUGAAGUUCAACAAACUGGGUGAUGCGGGCACGCGCCUGGUGCUGCAGGGCCUGCAGGGCCCCGCCUGCAAACUCUGCAAGCUCAACCUUCAGUACUGCUCCGUGACAUUGGCCAGCUGCAGCGAGCUACCCAGAAGCCUGUGCUCCAUGCCCAACCUCCUGGAACUGAAUCUCAGCUAUACCUCGUUGGGGGACAUGGGCCUCCACCUGCUCUGCACAGGGCUCCUGGACUCCCAAUGCCAGCUGGAGCGGCUGCAGCUGAGAUGCUGCUGCCUGAGUGCCGAGAGCUGUGAGGCCCUGGACCCAGUGAUCCGUGGCAAAUCGAAUUUGAAAGAGCUCGUGCUGAGUGAAAACCACAUUGGUGAGGGAGGAGUUCGAAUGCUGUGCCAGAGCCUGAUUGAGUCCUCCUGCCAGCUUGAGAAGCUCAUGCUAGACACGUGCCACGUGAACAGCGGCAGGGACCUGAGUCGCCUGUUGGCCUCAAAGGCAUCGUUGGGCGAGCUAGAAAUGAGCUGCAACCCGCUGGGAGACGGGGGCAUCGCAGAGCUCUGCACUGGGCUGCUGAACCCCAACUCCCAGCUGAAGACCCUGGGGCUCUGUCGGUGUCACAUCACCAUCAGAGGCCUCGGAGACAUCUGUCGGGUUCUGGAGACCAAGAAGAGCCUGAAGGAGCUCAGCCUGGUCGACAAUGAGCUGGAAGAUGAGGGCGCUAAGCUGCUGUGUGAGCACCUCCUAGCGCCCAACUGCCAGCUGCAGAGCUUGCAGGUGAAUAGAUGCUAUUUCACGGAGGCCUGCUGCCAGCACUUCAGCCAGGUGCUGGCCCAGAGCCAGCAUCUCCUGGAACUGCAGAUCUCCGACAACAAUCUGGGCGACGCGGGUGUGAAGCAGCUCUGCCAGGCCCUGUCCCAGCCCAACUCAAAGUUGCAGAUACUCUACCUAGGGGACUGCAAUUUGACCAAUGCCAGCUGCGAGAGCCUUGCUACCCUCCUCUGCGCCUGCCAGAGCCUGAAACAACUGAACCUUAGCAACAACGAUUUUAUUUACGAUCCUGGUGUUGAGCUGCUGGUCUCCAGCCUGGAGCACCCCGACAGCCACCACCUGGAGAUGCUCGUCCUUUAUGACAUUUUCUACUCAGAGGAAUUGAAUGAGCGUCUAGAGGCCCUACAGGAGAGCAGGCCCCACCUCAAGAUCAUCUCCUGA